CCUGACUGGAGUUUCAGUAGUGGUGUUGGUGGUGGUGGCGAAGGAAAUGGAGAGAGAGAGAGUGAGAGAGAAAUAGAUUAAGAAUGGAAGAAAAGAGAGAGAAAAAUGAUAAAGAAAGAGAGAAGUGAGAGAAAAUAGAAGGAGGAAGAAGGAGAAAAUAUGUGAGAAAGAAAGAAAGAAAGAAAGAAAGAAAUAAUGUGAGAAAAUAUUAAAGAAAGAAGGAAAAACAAAGAAAGAGGGAGAUAGAAGAAAGAGAAUUAAAGAAAAACAGAUGAUAAAGAAAAAAAAGAAAAGAAAAGUCUCCCUUAGAAACCUCAAAAAAUAAAUCACACACACUUGAAAAAUAACUCCCAUAUCAACAAACAAAUAACUCGCGGAAAACAACGGGAAAAAAGAACCACGAAAAACCUCCCACCCAUAUAAACAAAACAAAUAAGUCGCAGGUGCAGCAUCACAGAAAAUGGAGGUGUUUCAGGGCAGACAAAAGCGGGACCCCAAGACCCUCACAGGACUGGCCAAACGGGUCGGAGCCGUGUCUGACAUCGCCAAAUCCUUCGAGUCGGAGGUCCGGGGAGGGUCAGGGCGGCGGCGACUCCUCCCGCAGGACCCACAGAAGGCACAGACGGGGGUGGAGGUCAGGAUAGCAACAGGAGGAGGAGGAGGAGGAGGAGGAGGUGAAGGAAGAGAAGGCCAUGGAUUUGCAAGUUCGAAGAUGCAGAAUGUUGGAGGUAGUAGAGAGAGUAUAGCCAUAGGAGGAGGAGGAGGAGGAGGAGGAGGGUACCCCGGGCCACAGUGGUACAGGGAUGGGGCAGGGGGCAGGGCAGCCACACCCCUGCCACAUCAACUCCUACGGCGCUCCUUCAGACACAAGGAGGAGAGUGGAGGAGGAGGAGGAAGGAGUAGGGAGCAAUCACAAGAGGAAAUCCAGGAGGAGGAGGCACAGAGGAGGCUAUCACGAAGAGGAGGAGGAGGAGGAGGAGGAGGAGGAGGAAGAGAGCCCUAUCAUGAACCGAUAGACUCCCUCCAUCUUCCUCGCCCUUCCUUCGCCUCCUUCAGGGACAAGAAGAGUAACCGAGGAGGAGGAGGAGGAGGAGGAGGAGGAGGAGGAGGAGGAGAAGAGCAGCAAGUGAGAAGGAAUCCUACCCUGGGGGAGCUCUUAAAACAAGAUGGCGGCCCUUCCUUCAUCACAAGAGUCCUACACGAAGAAGAAGGAAGAGGAGGAGGAGGAGGAGGAGGAGGAGGAGGAAGAGGAGAAGGAAGACUCUCCCUCUCCCCCUCCCGACGAAGCACCGCCAACAUCUCUCAGUUAGUCAGGGCGCCCACCCAUGACCCCUCCACCCCCGCCCCCACGCCCACCCCCACCGGCCUGCCCCCCCGCCGCCCCCCCGCCCCUCAUGACCACCCCUACGACCUGGAUGUUAAAGAAAACGGAGACGCCACAGAAAACGAGAACAUGGAUGCCAAUAUUACAGGUAAGCUGACGCACACCUGUUCUCUGACUGCAAAUUAUGACACACCUGACGCCAGACGGUACCCGGACCAGCCUGAGCGGGACUCCCUGGACGGGCGCCUCCCAGGGUCGUCCCCCGGGGGUACGGGCCACCCUCCUCCUCCUCCUCCUCCUCCUCCUCCUCCUUCUUCUUCUUCUUCUUCUUCUUCAGGCUUCAGCAAGGGACCGAACGCCAAGAGUAAAAAACAUAAGAAGCUGAAGGAUCGCGACGCCUCCCCCGCCCCCCCCGGCCCCCCCUCCUCCGGCAGAAAGGGGGAGAAGGGAGAGAAGGGGAGGGAGAGGGACAUGGAGGAAGGAGGAGGAGGAGGAGGAGGAGGAGGAGGAGGAUUUAGGCCUAAGACGCAGCCAUACACGUACCUGUGGGUGGUGCUGUCGGGUCUGUACGGCAAGUUGGUGGUGCUGCUGAUGCUGGCCUUCACGCUGACGGAGGCGCUGCAGAACGAGGUGCUGCCCUUCACUUUCCAGGGCAUCUUCCUCAUGUACCUCUACGUGGGCUCCAUCCUCGCCAUCCUCUGCAUCUACGUCACCGUCAUCAUCGACAACUGCCCCGCCAUCAGCGCUAGCAAGGAGAAUUUGACCCGAAACGACGAUGCUGAAGUCGGGUCCAUAACCUCCUUUGGCACACUGAAACGAGCGCAUAUUUCAAGAUCCAAGACUUCAAGGACCUCUUUUUACUUGCGUGUGGGGGCGCUGGUGUUCGGCCUGGGCACCCUGAUCUUCAAUGGACUGGAGAUCGCCAUGCACUCGACCCUGCCCAGCGAGUGUGUGAGGGACAUGGUAUUUGCGCACCCAAUCCUGCAAGCGUUGUUCACCUUCCUGCAAAUGCACUUCCUCUUCGUGAACUCGGAGGUCAUCGUGGAGCGGUUCGGGCAGGUGGCGCGGUUCGGUUUUAUGCACCUGGUGGCGACGAACCUGGCGGUGUGGGUCCGCGCCGUGGUGUGGGACGCGGCCACUGUCUGGAUGCUGGACACCUACAGCACAGGCAAGGUGACGGAGGUGCCCCCCCAGGCUGAGCAGGUCCUAAGGAUGCACACCUGCUUCCAGAACAACUCCCUGGGGCGCCUAUGGACCGACGCACAGCCAUACCUCUUCCCCUUCCUCGUGCAGUACAGCCUGAUCGCGGCCGCCGUGACGUACGUGAUGUGGUGUAACGUUGGCAAGGAGAAGCUGAAGCGCCUGGGCCAGCACGCGAAGGUCGAGGGCGAGGGAACGGCCACCAUGGACAAGAGAGACGUCAGGAAGGGCCACUGGAAGGUGGACUGUCGCAGCGCCUCCAAGGGUCUAUUCCUGGGCCUACUCUGCCUGGUGGGCGGGACGGUCAUUCUCAUCAUCUUCUUCGUCAUGAAAGAUCAGGAGGACUUCAAGGAGCGGCUAUUCUGGCUGACCACAUCCACACACACGCUCCUGCUAUCUCUAUCUAUCCUGGUGACGGUCAUAGGGUUCCUCCAGGUCCCCAAGUUGUCCCUAUCCACGUCAGGGACACGCCCCCUCGACCUGGAUAAGCUGCUACUGUCCUCGACGAUACUGGGAGUGUACGUGUUUGCGAUAUUUGGUAUGAUCGUAGGAGGGACAAACUACAUCGCCCCGCAGUACCUCGCCACCUUCUGCCUACACGCCCUGCUGCUGGUCCAGGUAUCUCUUCAGGACAUGCUCGUAGCGGAAGCCAGCCGUAGAACCUGCACAUCCCGCUACCAGAUGCUCACCAAACCCGGCAGACAGGUCAUCACAUUUCUCCUGUUCUCUAACAUUACUCUAUGGGGUCUGGACACCUUCAUGACCCACUCGGAGGUGACCCAGGCCUUCCAGUAUGGGUUCUAUGGGUUGCUAGCAUGGGGGGUUCUAUCAAGGGUUUCGCUGCCCCUGUUGAUAUUGUAUAGGUUUCAUUCGGGUGUGAUUCUAGUGGAAAUUUGGAAGAACACUUAUAGGACCAAAGCCGAUUAAGGUGUGUGUGUGUGUGUGUGUGUGUGUGUGUGUGUGUGUGUGUGUGUGUGUGUGUGUGUGUGUGUGUGUGUGUGUGUGUGUGUGUGUUUUGGUGGCUACCUCGCUCUCUUCUUCCUCCUCCUCCUCCUCCUCCUCUUCUUCCUCCUCUUCCUUGCUAUCCAAAUUCUCCCUACCGUUUCCUUCCCUUCUCUUUCCCUCUCUCUCCCUCUUCCUUCCUUUUUCCUCCUCCUCCUCUUCUUCCUCCUCUCAAAAAGUAAUCAACUCUCUCUCUCUCUCUCUCUCCUUCCUCCUUCCUUCCUCCUCCUCCUCUUCCUCCUCUCAACAGCUGGACACCAUAAAAUUGGGAAUAUAAAAAGAGGAGGAGGAGGAGGAGGAGGAGGAGGAGGAAGAGGAUGAGAAGAGGGGAAACUAUUAUUAUUAUUAUUAUUAUUAUUAUUAUUAUUAUUAUUAUUAUUAUUAUUAUUAUUAUUAUUAUUAUUAUUAUUAUUAUUAUUAUUAUUAGUUAUACAUAGAAUAAGAUUUAGAUAUAUAUGUAUGUAUGUAUGUGUGUGUAUGUAUGUAUGUGUGUAUGUAUGUUAAAAUAUCAAUAUACAUAAAAGAAACAAAAAAAAAAUCAAUAAAUAAAAUAAUAAAAUAAAUAAAUUCAAAAAUGUAUGUGUGAAGGUACUUUUUUUGCUCAGUGUACAAGUGUGAACAUACUUUUUUGGCCUGGGUGGGUGGUAGCGUGGGCGUGCGGGCGUGUAUAGACUGUCGCUUACUGCUUCCUGUUGUUGUUGUUGUUGUUGUAGUUGUUAAUGUAUCUAUUGUUAUUUAUUGUAUCUAUUGUAACUUAUUGUUGUUGUUAUUGUUGUUGUUGAGAAUAAAACAGUGGCUGA